AUGGCAGAUCAAGAGCAUGAAUUGGAGCGAGUGAGCUCAGAGCUCGAAGACCUGCGUGGAAACAUGGGUCAGGUCAUGGAAAUAUUGCAGGUCAUCAGGGCAAAGUUAGACACCCAAACAACGGUUGUUUCUGAAAUCGCAGGUCCAUCGAUUGAACCCCAACCUGCGAGGGCGGUACCAACAACCUGGCCAACCUAUGGUUUACCUCCCGGUUUCACGCCUACAGUUGAAGGCGCCCCUGGUUUUGCACCAUCUGCUCAGCAGACAGCUCCUCUACCGACCAUCAAUGAAAAUCAUCCAGUGGUUCACACGUUCGCACCUCCUCUCGUUCGUGCACACGUGCAACCCUACUUUGAGGACCAACAACACGCUCCAGACUUUUCAGAUGAAGAUGAGGAAAGGCAGGAGGACCUAAGAGGGAUGAAGGAGAACUACCAGCUGCUUGAGAAGAGAUUGAGGGCUAUGGAAGGUGACCAAGUUUUUGGUGCUACAGCUAAGGAGAUGUGCCUGGUGUCCGGUCUUGUGAUCCCUGCAAAGUUCAGGACCCCAGAUUUCGAUAAGUAUGAGGGCCACUCGUGUCCUAAGAGUCACCUCAUUAUUUUCUGCAGGACACAUUAUGAGUACUUUACAGUUUAUAAAAACUGCAAUAUUGUUUGUGCCGGCUACAAGAAGCCAUUUUCUGCUUCUGAGACACCACCCCCGCCUUUAAUCGCAAAUGCUUCCCCCACUUUAAGAGUUGCUUUGUUGAAGCAGCAUCAGUUCAACUCCAACGGCAACUGA